AUGGAUGGUGCCACUAUUGGUACUCCGAAGUCUUGCGAGUGUGGAGCGAUCUUUAGAAAUUCAUUAGGAGAUCACGAAGGAUCCUUCUCUUUCUUUAUUGGUAACUACACUGCUUGGCUGGCUGAAUUAUUGGGUGUGAUAAUGGCUAUGGAGAUAGCUAUUGAGAAGAAGUGGAGUAAUAUUUGGCUUGAGACUGAUUCUAUCAUUGUUGCUAGGCUAGUUCACAAUGUUAAUUUGGUCCCUUGGUCCAUUAUAAACAGUUGGAAUAAUUGUCAUUUCAAUUUUAGGCAUCAUGGUUUCUUGUUAACUCACAUCUACAAGGAAGGGAAUUGUUGUGCAGAUGCUAUUACUAAUUUAGGUUAUAAUUAUAGAAACUUCACUUGGUACAACUAUGUUGUCAAGGAAGCUAGGGAGGAAUUAUUGCUCAACAAGUUUGGUUUUCCCAAACUUAGGUUGAUUUCCUCUUAA